AUGAAAAAAAAUGCCAGAAAGGAAUUAUCACAAGAAAAAAAAGAACGCCGCUGUACUGGUGGAGGGCCACCACCACCCAAACCUUCCGAUACCAGUGAAUGGCUGUGCAGCAUAAUGGGUGAAUCAAUAGUGGGUCUUCCAUCCACACAUGAUUCAGAUUUCAUUUUUGAUAAUAAUACUCCACAGUUGAAUGGUGAAGCAGCUCAACCAAGUGUUGCUCUUUCAAAUAUUGAGGAGGAAAUGUCUAUGGUGUCGUAUACAGAUGGACACAAUGACGGAGUUAUCCAUGAUGUUGCUCAUAUUGUGCCAAUUCAUGAUGUUCAAGAAAAUGAAGAGACUCGGGAGACUGUGAAAUUUGACACGAGCACACCACAUACAAUGCUGCGAAAACCUCUUUCUAAACCAUUAGAAUCAUCUUAUAGGAAAAGAAAAUUGAAUUUUACUCCUCUCGAGACAAGAAAAAAAAUCAUUACAGUAGCUCACGAAAAAGAACUCUACUUAAAGAAGAAAGGAGAGUUAAACAGUAUUUCUUUUGAUAGUCCUCUUUUAUUUUUUUCUCAAAUACUAGCUUUGGCAAUUACGUUCAGCUUUAUAGACAUGCGCUCUGAAAUGUUGGCUGCCCAAUUACACUCUCAGACAACUAAACGCAUAACUAAGCCCACCAUUAAAUUAUAG